AUGGACUCCCAAACAGUAGCUCGAGACAGUCGGCUUCUGAAGAUGCCUUUGGAGGUCCUUUUUCAGAUUUCGGAUCACUUGACAACCAGAGACUACGGCAUUCUCCGACUCGUUUGUAAACAUAUGGAGGCCUCACUCGUUGGGAACUUUGCGCGGGAGUUCUUUACCAAGAGACAAUUCAUGCUCACCGAAUUCAGCCUCCAAGGCCUGGUGGAUAUUUCUAAGUCGAAAUUCUCCCGGUGUUUAUCCCACGUCAUCAUCAGCCCGGAGCGACCUUCGUUGAGCCGUGUCCCUGGCCGUUUCAUGGUGGCUCCAAGCAGCCUGACAGCCUCCGACUCCCAGGCUGUCGAGCAGAAUUGCUUCCGCUCCGAAUGUGCUGAUCAUCUCAGCCUCAUCAGCACCGGCCAAGAUGUGGUAAUGCUUGCAGAAGCCUUCGGCAAUUUACCCAGCCUCGAAACUGUUGAGAUCCGUGACUUCAACUCACGGAGCCGCAAUCGGGAGGGCCCUGAUGGUGAAUGGACAAGCUUUGGAGCCAGAAAGUUCAUGCGGGAGACGGGGGCAAGGGCAAGCCUUGAAUGGCCUGGUCGCCACUUUGGCUCUCUUACGCCGGACCACCUUGUUUAUUUGAGCCAUGUGUUUUCGGCCCUCCUUCGAUCGUUGGGCGCGUCCUCCUCGCGUCCCAAGAGACUGGAGGUGAACCUGCGACACUGCGGCCUCGCAGAUCAUGCAUUCAACAUCCCCCGUUAUUCCGAGUCCGUCAUUGAGCCAGUACUGAGCAGCCUCAGGACACUGUUUCUGGAACCGAAUUCCCAACUACCUGCCGCCUAUGUCGACGGUGACAACGCCCUGGUCCCAUGUUACAGCUUCCUGCUGCGGAAGUUCCUCGCCAAAGGCCAACAACUAGAGCAUUUUCGCAUCAACUUCCGGGGGUACAAUCAAGAUGAUGCCAAAGAUUUCUUGCUCUGGCUGUCGAAAACCCCCGCCCUCUCGACCUCCAGUAAUCGCCCAGCGGUGUCACUGUUGGAGUCGCCCCAACCUGUCGAGUUCCCCAAGCUUGAGAAGCUCGAUAUCGGAAUGGUUAAGGUGGAACCACAGAUGCUCCUUGCGGUGCUUCGGAAGUUCCAGAAAACCCUCCGUGCCGUCAGCUUCCACAGGCUCAGCCUCCUGCAGACGGAUCCCACGCUGGCUCAAACCAAAGUGGAUUUGUGGUCCAAGUUCUUCGAUCAGCUAUUCAGACUCCGCCUCAACCUCACAGACAUGCAGAUAUCCAAUGUAUCACAACAAGGUCCCCUUCACGUCUCUCCCACUGUAUCUGUCCUUUUUAAUGAUCAACACCCCACUAGAGCAGUUCGCAAAUGGGCUGGAAAAGAUUUCGCCGGUGCCUGUAAGGACUUCAAGGAAAGUCUAGACAUUACGUGGCCUCCAGAAGACAACCAGCAGUCUAGUGGUAAUGAUGGCACGGAUGUGGACAGUGGGGAUGCCGGUAGCGAUGAAGACAGCGAUGACGACAGUGACGAUGGUAACUGA